AUGCGAAGCGAGCUUUGCAACCACCCGGCGUUCACAACGCGCGCAGAGACCCUCAGCUACGAGGAGCGCGUCCGUCUCGUUUACCAGAGGCUAGAUGCGCUGCUGGAAAUCUACAACGAGACAGAGUACGCUCUCGAUGACGUUGAGACGCUAUCCCCCAAAUUCUGGGAGCCGUACAAGGACCCAGCCUUGGUCAUAGAUGUCGGGUGCGCGAAUGUGCUGGCGUGCCACUUGAAUCUGUUCUUGGGGACCAUCCUGCCGAUGAAGUCAGAAAGGCCUGACCUUCUGCCCAUAAUGCAGCAGAUCCUGGAGGGAGAAGUCAUCGGAAACUUCUUGCUGACCGAGCUCGGACACGGGCUAGACAUUACAAGGCUCGAGACAACGGCAACGAAGGUCACAGACGGCUAUAUCCUUCAUACGCCCCAUGGAGGUGCGGCGAAGUUCAUGCCCCCGACGACGCCGCACCCAACACGCGCCAAGAUCAGCGUCGUCUUUGCGCGGUUACUCGUGGAUGGUGAGGACCGCGGCGUGCACCCGUUCCUCGUACCGACCUCGGAUGAGCACGGGAUGUGCCUAGGCAUAUCCGCAACAAUUCUCCCGCCGCGCAGCGGGACGAGUCCCCUCGACUACUCGCUGACCUCGUUCGACCACGUACGCCUGCCGCCUGCCGCGUUCCUCGGGAGCGCGCUCGAUGCGCCAGCGGACCGGCACGCGCUGCUGCUGCGGUAUAUCUGGCGCACGACGGUCGGGCAAGCGUCGCUGUCGCUCAUCGCGAUCACAGGGACGAAGAUAGCGGCGUGUCUGGGCGUCGAGUAUUCGCUGCGGCGGAUGGUGCAGGGCAAGCAACACGUACCCACGCCGGUGAUGGGCUUUCGGACGCAGCAGUUACCGAUGGUAUACUGCACCGCAGUGGCGCAUGUGCUCGACGCGUGGGCGCCCCGGGUGAUUGAGCAGUUUGUGAGGACAGACAUCGACGUGGAGGUGCGCGGUGGGCUUGCGGCGGUCUUGAAGACGACAGUCUGCCGAUUCGCGACGCACUACUACCGGGAGGUGGGUGAGCGCCUAGGGGUGCAGGGCACGUUCGGGCAUAACAUUGUGAGCCAGAUCGAGAUGGACAUGCGCGGGUUCAUCAUCGCGGAGGGCGACAUACGUGUGCUCAGUAUCCGACUGUUCUCGCAGAUGCUCCAGGGGAGGGUAGCGCUCCCGAUGCCUUCGCAUGGAGACUCCGUGCUAGCACAGCACAGCGCUGGUCUCCUCGUGCGCUGCCAGAGGCUGUUGGCGGGCCUCGAGCUCGGACACCGCGACCCGCGAUUCAACGACCUGAUUCUCCCCCAGUGCGAGCCGGGCAUACUCGCAUUAGGCUGUGCAUACGCAUAUGGUGCCGCGGUGGAUGCGGGCGUGCCGCAGCCGCUCCUGGAUCUCUUCGAGCUAGCCGCGAUGAAGUGGGACCCGUCGUGGUACUCAGAGAACACAAGCCUUUCGGAUGAGGUGCGGCUGCUGAGGGAAGACCGGGCCGUGCUCGCGGCCCUGCCGCACAUCCGGGCGUACGUAGACGCGCUGGGCGUACGUGAUUCAAUUUCGGCGCCUAUCCUGAGCGACGAGGCAUGGCAAAACUGGACGCGACAGCUUAGGUCGUACGUCGGAGGUGCAACACGUGACAAGAUAUCUCUUACCGGGGUACCGACAGACGAUUCCAAGGCCAGGCUUUGACAUCCACGGGAAAGGUGUUUACAUGUUCGUUGCAUUGUGGGAGAGCACUCGGAGGGAUGUACCGUGUAUUCCGUAAGACGAGGACAUUUCCAGGUCCCAUGGGGCUAGUGCCUUAAGGGUCAAGGUGGGUUGAGAUGCACCAGCCGAGAUGCCAGCUACCUUGAAGCUCGAGGUCACAUAAUAGCUGAUUCAAUAUUGUUAUACCUUC